AUGAAGAAUGUAACGGGAAGGGCAGAACGAUACAUUACUGCGAAGUACGAUCCUGCCUGGGACUCGAUAUCACUUUACUGGGGGGAGAUUAGCGCGUUGGACCUAUUGCUAGUCCCAUCAGUCGAUAACUUAGAGGCUGGGCCAACCCAUCUAUGGUUUAUCGACUACCGCCUUCAAAGAAGAAACCGCGUCCCAACCGAGAAGCAACGCCAAAAAGAGACUAAAAGCAAGGAGCCAAGAGUGUAUUAUGGGGAUAGCUGUCGCUACGUGGAGGUGUCUGAUCAGGAUGAGGGAGAGUCUGGAGAUGGAGAGUGGAAUGAUGCAGUUGGGGCCAACCGCUGGCACCUAUUCAACAAUACGCCGAUGUUCUCUAGGGAUGGAGUGCGUGGCUACGUCAAACGUGCAAAGGUUUUGCUUUACAAGGAUGAGGAGUAUGUUGACCGACUCAAUAUUGGUAUUCUGGCUUGUGAAGCCUUCUAG